AUGGAAAGUGCAGAUGAAAUGCACGGAUGGACAGUAAAAAUGAGCUUGCCGAGUGUUUUGGCCAUGGUAACUGUCUUUUCUAUGAUUCCUGGCGGAGUGCUGAGCGAUAUGAGGGGUACUCAGGGUCUGGAAGCCCAACAAUUGGCCCAUGGGUCCACUCAUCUGCAUCAUCGCCUGAGGAGAGGCUGGAUCUGGAAACAGCUGUUUGUCCCCGAGGAAGAUCCCACUCCUCGCGUUAUUGGCCAGCUCAAAUCUGACUAUGACCAUGGUGAGUUUUCCAUCAAGUACAUAUUAUCAGGAGAAGGUGCCGGAGAUGCGUUUGAGAUAGACGAGUAUUCUGGUGAGAUACGAACACUGAAGAAGCUCGACCGAGAGGAAAAGGCCUUCUACGUCCUUCAAGCCCAGGCUAUCAACAGGAGGUCCAAUGAACCAGUGGAACCCCAAUCAGAGUUCAUCAUCAAAGUGCAGGACAUCAAUGACAAUGUCCCGCAGUUCCAGAACGAACCGUAUGUGUCCAGCAUCCCUGAGAUGUGUUCAACUGGGACCACAGUGGCCCAGGUGACAGCCACAGAUGCUGAUGAUCCCAUGUUUGGAAACAACGCCAAGCUAAUCUACUCCAUCAUGCAGGGGGAGCCGUACUUCUCCGUGGAGCCAAAGACGGGAAUUAUUGUAACAUCUUGGCCGAACAUGGACCGCGAGGCCAGAGAGGAGUACCUGGUGGUGGUGCAGGUGAAGGAUAUGCUGGGCCUCAGCGGCGGUUACUCCUCCUCCACCACCGUCACAGUCAGCCUGACUGAUGUCAACGACAAUGGACCCACUUUCCAGCAUCACCUGUACACCUUUGCCGUGCCUGAAAAUGCCGCCGUGGACACCACAGUUGGCAGGAUUAUGGCACAUGAUGGAGACACUGGCAUCAAUGCCAGGAUGACCUACAGUCUGGAGGAUGACCUGGAGGAGAGCUCAACUUUUAUCAUCAAAACAGACCCUGUGACGCAAGAGGGAUUGGUUCUGCUAGCUAAGCCUUUGGACUUUGAAACUAAGAGACGUUUCGUCAUGGCCGCAGAGGCAGUCAAUGACCAUGUGGACACUCGUUUUCUGCCUCUGGAGGAGUUCGGGGACAGGACAACGCUCAAGAUUGUCGUGGAGGAUGUGGACGAGCCACCCGUCUUCCUCUCGGCAAUCUACCAGUUGAAAGUUCCGGAAAAUGCAGCAGUGGGAACUGUGGUUGGCAGUGUUAGUGCCAGAGACACUGACAGUGUCAACAAUCCCAUCAGAUAUACAAUUGACAAACGGAGUGAUAACACAAGAGCUUUCAAAAUAGACCAAAACAAUGGAACUAUAACUGUCGCUAAAGCUUUGGACCGAGAGACUACAAACUGGCACAAUGUCACUGUCGAAGCCAAGGAAACAACGCAGAACCAUUUAUCCUCCUCUGUGGUGGUGUUCAUCAAAGUGCUGGACAUAAACGACAAUGUGCCAAGGCUUGCGAGAGAUUACCAGCCCUACAUCUGUGAGGGAACACAGGCGGGAGAACUCAUUCAGCUGCUUAGUGCUGUUGAUCCAGACGACCCUGUGGAGGGACACCACUUCUACUUCUCAAUGGUCCCGGAGAAGCACAUCAAUCCGAACUUCACUAUCCGAGACAAUCAAGACAAUACAGCCGGCAUCAUGGCACGCAGGAGUUCUUUUACGCGCAAGGAUCGAAUCCAGUACCUCCUGCCGGUUGUGGUGACAGACAGCGGCUCUCCAGCUCUCUCCAGUACCAGCACUUUGACCAUCAGUGUAUGCAGCUGCCAGCCUGCUGGCCAUUGUCCCACAGGGGGGGUGGAGGCCCUUGCCCUGUCUAUGGGGGUCAGCCUGCAAACCUUGUUAGGGCUUGUAGUCUGCCUCGUCACACUUAUAGUGCUGUCAAUUCUAAUGCUGAUGGUGAGGAGGCACAGGCGGAAGCAGCAGGAGGAAUUGGAGUUGGAGGUGAAGGAGCUCGAGCUGCCUGAGACUGUGUCGCAGAAGGUGCUGUAUUACGGAGAAACGGGAGGUGUAGGAGCAGAUCUCAACUUCUGCCAGCCUGUUGUUCCGCUGCGCCACCACCCCAGGAGGAGGGAGAGGAGGCUGCGGAGGGAGGAUGUAAGGGCCAGCAUACGGAUGUCUUUAAGAGAAUCCCACAUAAUCGGGCCAGACGAUGACGUCUUCAGGCAGUUUAUUCUGGACAGACUGUCGGAGGCGGAUCAGGAUCCUUGCGUCCCCCCAUUUGACUGCCUGAGAACAUAUGCAUACGAGGGGUCAGGGUCUCCCACAGGGUCCCUGAGCUCACUGGAGUCAUCUACGUUGGAGCUUGAAUCUGAGCAACCCGUUUGUAAUCCCAGACCCUAUGUGGUUAGACUCACCCCUUGGUAUUGGGGAGGAGAGGAAGACACCAUCUUCUGAGGGGCUCUUCUUCUUCUCCUUAAAUGUCUGCUCCUCUAAUCUUUGCAGUUCAGUGCACUUCCACUGAGUGUCUUCGAUGACAUGAAGGCUCAACAUUUUGGAAAAUACGUUCUUGUCCCAAGUUAGAUGAGACGAUCAAUACCAAUAAAUAUAUCUAUAGCAGCCUGUUAGCUUAGAUUAGUUUAGCUUAGCUUAGCAUAAAGACUGGAAAAGGGGUGCACUAGCUAGCCUGACUCUUUGUUUGGAGGCUUUAGAGUUGCUGGUAGGCCAAUGUUCUUACUUUCUUCAGCUGAUUCCCCCUGUUACCAGACUUAAUGCUAAGCUAAGCUAAAUGGCUAAUGGCUUUAGCUUCAUAUUUAUCGUACGGACGUGAACAUGGUAUCUAAUUCUCGUGUUACUCUCAGCGAGAAAUCAAAUUGUACUUCACAAAAUGACAAACUAUUCCUUUAAGAUGAAAUGAAUCCACAAUAGUAAUAAUUUCAUGCAAAUAUGGACCCAUUUUUUUAAAUUCUGUGUUUUUGAACAUGGAUUACAUUACUUCAUGUUACUACAAAGGAAUUUGGGAGACUAUGUAUGUCUGCCUUAGUGCCUUAAAAUCCAAGGGGUUUCUUCCUACACUCGCCGUUAUACAACAAUCAAGUGCUAUCCAUCGUGUGUCAUCUAAAUCAUCCAUCUGCUGCAGAAGGGACAGAUAUUUACAACGCUGCUCUCACCAGAAAAUCAUAAUCAUUGGCCAUUUGUAUGAAGGCUUAAAACAUCUUUUCGUUUUUUUCCUGACAAGCAACCUCUUGUGGUUGUGCACAUAACGACUGUCCUCUUUAAGUGGCAAAGGUAGGAUCAACAUGACACCAUGUUGAAUGUACAAAGCAUGUUACUUAAACUCCACACACUGCAGUUUGCAUCCUUUGUUCUACCAAAAGAGAAUGUCGGUGUUUGUUCAACCCUAACCUUGACCCUUCCCUAACUUUUAAAGCUGCAUUCAUUUAUUUCUUUGACCACUUGGGGCAUUCGAACAAGCUGAAAACACAAUAUUAUCACGUUAUGUAGUUCUUACGGCUGUGAAAGAGUGCAACAAUGGAAUUUAUGCUUUAAUUAUUAGUGUGAUGAUAUUACACUCAUUAUAUAAUACCUACAGUAUUACUGACCUGUGAAAUGUAUGAUACUACGUGUAAUAUUAUUCACUUAUCAUGUAUUAUAUUUGAUAUUUUGGUUCAUAACAGUUUGUACUGUACAGUAUGUGUUUUUGUAUUUAACAUUAUGAAAUUAUAUAAAUGAAUGCGUACUUCCUUUGGGUAUAUGUAUGGCAACAUAUUUUUUAAAUAGAGAUUUAGUUCCCUGAUUAGCCUUUUUCUGACAGAAAUUAAAGUUCUCAUACGGAA